CCAUGUUGUGUAACAGCUGUGAUUAAAAAAAAACUAUGAUGAUUUGAGAAGUGAAGCUUUUUAAGUUCAGCUACAUGCUAGAGGGAGUGGACUGAUCUCUGCUUUUUUUGGAUUUAUAAGGAGGUUCCUCAAAAACUGCAGUCUUCUUUUCUUUACCACCUAGGACUAACUAAGCGGUGAGCAUUGAAGGAGAGUAAAAUGAUGUUUUCUUGGUCUUGCUUUCUGCUGUGUGGCCUAUCUUUCUUCAGCAACACAGCAGCUGCAGCUAGCUUAGAUACUAGACAUGUGGUGCCCAUAGAAAGCAACACUCUGACCAGAGAGCUCAACGUCCCUGAGCUAGAAGAGUAUGACUACGCUGAACCUGAAGACUAUGAAGAUGAAGAAGACAACUAUAGCUUUCCAGAAGACAUGUUAGUGACCAAGAAACAAUUUGCAGCUCCCAAGAACUCUGAAUCCAUGCGUAAAAGAUUUAGGGGCAAAUCUCGGGUCCAGCGCCUGGCCUUGGUCAACACUGACUUCGCCUUCAAUUUCUACAGGAGCUUGUUGAGGUCCCAGUCAGGCUCCAAGAAUGUGGUCUUCUCUCCAUUCGGCCUCUCCACCAUGAUGGCCAUGGUUAUGGUAGGGGCUACAAACAAGACCCAGGAGCAGAUCUCCCGGGUUCUGGGCUUUGAUCAUUUUACCAACACCAAACCAGGGGUGACUGGCAGCGAGGUCCUUCAUGACAUCUUCCACAAGCUCAUCCACAGACUCUUCAAGCACCACUUUGGAUACAGACUCAAAGAUUUCUCUGGCAUCUAUGUCAAGGAUGGGCUGAAGGUCAGGAAAACCUUUAAGGAGUGGUUGAUACAUUACUACGGGGCACACGCACAGUCUGUGGACUUUCUGGACCCACAAACAGUCACCAAGUUCAACCAGCUCAUUUCAAAGGCCACAAAGGGGAAGCUUCAGGAUGUGGUGGAGGACAUUGACCCCCGGACGGUGAUGCUCAUCUACCAGGCACUCCACUUCAAAGGCUUGUGGGAGCAUAAAUUUAUUAAAAGCAAGACCGCUGUGCUCCAUUUCCACACCGGCAAGUCAGCAGUGGUGAAGGUGCCGAUGAUGUAUGUCAAAGCAACCAUGCUUGCCACCACGGAUCACAUCCACGAGUGCGACGUCAUCAGCCUUCCGUACAGUGCCAAUGCCAGUAUGCUGCUCAUAGUCCCCUAUAAAACCUUUGGCCUGAGGCACAUUGAGAGAGAACUCAGCUGGGAAAUGGUUGACAACUGGCUCAAGGACAUGACCAACAGGACAAGGGAGAUCUAUAUUCCAAAGUUCACUCUACAUGGCAACUAUGACUUGAUUGAAAUGUUCCAAGAUCUGGGUGUGACGGACCUCUUCCACAAUGAAGCAGAUUUGUCUGGUAUUUGUGAACAGGGAAACCUGUACGUCAGUUCGCUGAAGCAACACGUUGCGCUGAAGGUGGACGAGGAAGGUAGCGAAGUUGCUGCCAUCUCUCUUUCUGGGUUCAUGCCUCUCUCUUCACAGGCCAAAUUUAUGGCUGAUCGCCCAUUCCUGUUCCUCAUCUUCGAGCAUCACACCCAGUCGCUGCUUUUCAUGGGGCGAGUGAUGAACCCCUUAAACCAAUAGCGAGAAGGCAAUAGACAUGGGUCACAUAAAUUCCAGCAGACAUAUGUUACAUACAGUGCCUAAAGAAUUCCCAAAAUAAUCACCACACAGUUUAGUUAUUCACUUUACCUCGGCCAUUCUUAAUAUCCAUGUUACAAUAGAACAGAUUGCAGAGUCCAUGCAGCUGCAUUGCUGAAUCUUAUUCAUUUCCAGUUAUUAUCUGGUCAUUUUUUUACAGCAGAAUGCUGAGGUUAGAAACUCAGAAUGAGGAGAAACCAACCCUGCACCAUGGCACUUCUGUACAGGGCAAUGCUUGUGCUUAAUCAUACUCCCCGGUGCCCCUGAAUGCACUGCACAUGCACAUGCAUUUGAACAUUUUCAAAUACAGUUCAAACAUUUUCCCUUCACUUUGCAGAGUAGGAUAAUUUAUCUGGUCCUAUGCCUCUCCCAAGAGAACACACUGACUGUUUCAGUUGGGAGGUACUGGGAUACACAAGGUGUCGCAAUUGCAUGGAACGGGCUGAGUGGUCUUGAGGGUUGUUUCUCCAGUCUGCUAUUGUUCAUAUUUCUACUCGAUCAGUCUGUAGCAAGUUAUCCGAUCUUAGCUGGGAAGUCGUUAGGAUGCUACAAUUGGCCUCAGCGCUGCUUAGCUCGGGAGGGAGAAAUAAAUGACCAGGGUCCCUGCUUCUUAUUGUUAUCCAGCUGACCAGUGAGCAUGCGGAUAGCUGGUGAGGAAAGGGUCAAGCCUACCUGUGAUGCCUCCCAUGACCAAGUAGCCAGCUGAUGGUCACGGCGUGCUCACAGAUGAAGAAUGUCUGCUCGGGUGACUAAAUGGGCUACCAGCAGUCAUGCAACCAUGCCCCUGCAAGUUAAAACUCAUAUUUUACCUAAUAUCUGGAUAAACCUUUGGAGUAAUUAAGUAACAGUUAAACUGGGAAGUAACUUUGUUUUGGGCAGGGUAUGUGACGUAUUGAAGUAUAUUCCUUCUAUGUUGUGCUCUUUACAAAGAGUUGUCGAUACAGUAGUUUUAAUUUUUGGACUUUCUCAUUAGUAGAUAUGCAUUUCAAAUAAUCCUCAAUGAUAUUUGACCAUCUUAUGAAGAUGAUUGUUGUUGCAUUGUGGUUAGGGCACUAGACUGGCAAUUCACAGCUCAUAAAAUCAGAUCCCAAAAAAACUAAUUAUGAAUUUGAAUUGAAUUCAAUAAACGUUCAGAUUUGUGAGUUAGCACCAGGAAAAUAGUCAUGAAAGCUGUUGAUGAGCCAAAAACCCAACCGGUUCACUAAUAUCCUUCAGGGAAUAGAACCUGCCACCCUACAUUUCAGGUCCCUACCAUCCCGCACAAAGUGGUUGACUCUUAAUGCCCUCUAAAAGGCCUGGCAUGCCAAAUUGUGAUUCAAGCCAUCUUUGCAGGGCAGACAGAGAGAGAAGACCUCGUCUGCAUCAUCCACAUCUCUGAUAAUCAUCUGGACUUUGCAAAUAUUUGUUACACUUUUUUAAAGACAAAAUAUCUUUCCAGGAGAGACUGGCAUCACCCACAAACCCUGUGCUCUGCAGCUGUGAUUAUAAAACCUUUCCAGAAAGGCACUGCUUGAAAUAAAAGCACACUCGUCCAAGAUUAUAGCUGAGAAAUAUACAUACUACAGCAGAGGUGAAUAAAUUUCAGGUUGAUUGGCCAACGUAACUGCUCAAGUUGGUGUCUUAGGUACAUUCAGUAUACUGUUUAUUUUUGGACAAGUAGCAUGAUUGUUCAGUUUACUUCCUUGUUCAUGCAGCCAGUUAUGGUUGAGGUUGUUUUUGCAUUGCUUGUUAAAUACUUAUCUUAAACUUACUUUCAUGUAUGUUUUGUGUGAGUUUUAAAAUGUUUUUAAAAAGUUGCAGCAAUAACAAUGAUGAUAUCUGCCAGCCCUGAUUUUGUUAUACAAAGAGGCACUGAAACCCUUAGUCUCCAGUUCUGAAGAUUCUGCGAUGAGAAUCAAUGGCUCUUUUUAAAUUAAACCAAUUGCAUCAGUUUCUUUGUCAACUUGCAUUUAAUCUGAUCAAUAAAUAUGAUAAAGAGAAA